CGAUGAUGAAACACGUGUUAGCAAGUUGCUGAAAUACAAUUCCCCACAACGAACUUCAGUGGCAGUAACUAAUGCAGAAUCUCAUGGCUGGAGGUGAUCUGGAGGGGAUUCCUAGCGUGCAUCACUUUACUUCUGAGGCGCUCAGCAAAUAUUCCGUAUAUCCUUUAAUCCAUAGUUUGAGAAAAGACGUUGAGAACAGCAUCGAUACAAGUCUUACAUGGGGUCAACUGAAUGCUCUUGAAGUCAACUUCACGACGGUUCGUCCGUUGGUUGUCAAGUAUGCAAAGUUGCACAACCCCGCCGUUGUUUAUGCUUCUCUAGCUGCACGCUCGCAUUUUCUCUCCGAAGCGGAGAAUAAUAUCGCCUUUGCUGGCAUCAUCCAAACCCGUGCUUUACUAUGCGAACUGCUUGCGAUAAAGCUGUUGCGUCGCUUUACAAGGAAUCAGAUUGAGCUGGCUGCUGUGUUGACACAUGCUUGGAACCCGUUGCGAGGUGCUCCGAACGUCAUUUAUGAACAGGUCAAAAGCGAGAUGGGAGGUGACGAGGAUGAUCUAGAUGAUCCGAGCAGUGCUCUUGAGGCUGCCAUUUCAACUUCGUCCAAAAGCUUUUGUGCUUCGCCACUUGUGCAGAAUGUCGUGAACGAUAUCUGGAUGGGUCGUAUCAUUUUUUCUUUCCCUAGCACUCAUGCCCUCGUCAAGGAUAACUGGAAAUCGCGGGAGAUCACACUUUAUGACCCUGGGGAUGCACCCUUACUCGACCAUUAUCGAUUGCGAGUACCGCGGUAUCGUUCCAUUUUGGAGUUCAUAAACUUUGCGGCUCUUUUUACUUUGUUCGUGUUGUGUUUAUCGAACAAGGAUUUGACUAAAUUUACGACCAUGGAAAUCAUCUUUAUUGUGUUUGUUUUUGGAUUCAUUUUGGAUGAAUUCGCCGCUUCGCAGGAAUACGGAUGGACCGAUGCAAUUAGUAAUUCUCCUCGGGUGAAUCAACAGGUUUGGAAUGGGUUCGACCUGGUAUUCAGUACGUCGCCCGUCUCAGCACCUCUCGUUAAGUUAUUCAACUGCCCGAAAGUCGCCUUGUUCCUCACAUACCUUGGCCUUCGAGUCCAGGGCAUAACUCAUCACGAUGGGUGGUACUCUGAUCUGGCUUUUGAUGUCUUGUCGUGUGGCGCAUGCCUCUUGUUCCCAAGGCUAGCCUUCUUUGCAGUCUCCAAUAAUGUUGUUGUCCUCGCAUUGAAGGGUAUGGUGGCUGACUUCAUCUAUUUUAUUGGAAUUGCGGCAAUAAGUUUCUCGGGUUUACUGUAUACUCUGCACAAUUUGGCUGGUGAUCGCUGGCCUGUGAAGAGUAUUGCGUGGCUGAUGGUUCAAAUAUGGUUUGGGAACACUUACUUGAGCUUCACUCAAGCCGAGAGCUUCCAUCCUAUCUUCGGCCCAAUUCUUAUGGUAAUCUUCGCAGCGCUUUCCAACACGUUACUCAUUACGAUCCUCAUCUCGAUCCUCUCGAACACAUUUGCCAGGAUUAACGAGCACGCGUCAGAGGAAUUCCUAUUCCAGUACUCUAUUGCAACACUUGAGGGCGUCAAAGCAGAUGCUGUCUUUUCGUAUCUGCCUCCAUUCAAUCUUGCAGCUUAUGUCAUAUUGAACAUUCUGGGCUGGUGGGUUUCGCCGCGGACUUUACAUACAGCGAAUGUUUUCAUGAUUCGUGUUACGUCAUUCCCUAUCUUGUUGGCGAUCGCAUGUUAUGAGCGAUACGUAGUACCUGAACGCGGCCUCAUACGUUCAGGCAAGGGUGCUGCCUCGGCAGUGUACAACAGCAUCCAGAAAGGGGUAAAGAGCGUGGCGCUAUUUGACGCAUUGACAGGAUCUGGAUCAAAUAAUCUUUUGGAUGCCGUUCUCAAAGCUGAGUACGAAGAGGAUGACGAAGGGGAUGGUAUUCCGAAUGAGGCACAGACCAUUAUCGAAUUUGAUGGGUUAGACGAGGACCUUCCACGUGGACAAUACCCUCCGUCCACUUCCAGCGUAGGAGGACCGCUCCAUACACCCACUGGACGCCGGUCUCGAAGCAGGCGACGGGACAUGAACAAUGCGGGCCUCCUCAGUGCUCCAGAAAGCCCCCUCGCGAGAUCAUUUUCGCAGAGGCGAAGACCCUUGGAUGAUGCGUUCUACAAUGUACCUGGUUCUGCUGCUCCUGGUGGUGGCGAUCUUGGUGCCACUCUCAGGCGGAUCGAGAACCUCGUUGCGGAGAGGAACCCUAUCAUUGUCCAUGAUCAGAUAAAGGAGCUCGGGGAGCGACAAACUCGGAUUGAGGCGUUAUUGCUCAGUCUUACGAGAGAGACGCGUGGAGCAGCGUAAAGAAGCCACAGGAGGUAAUCUGGAUACUUCUCAUCAAGUGCCCUGGUGUCUUGUGCUGGCAAUAUGCGUGCUGUAUACUAAUGGAAUUGAAUUGAAAGUCGGACCUAUGCUAUUUGUGAGAG